AUGUACAGCUCAGAGCGUGCACAGAAGAAAACAAUUACUUCUGAAGGCUCCUCGUCAAGGAUUUCUAGCCGUUACAGGGUUAGAAAGAACCAGAAGCGUUCCAAGGAUGCCGCAGGAAAAGGAUUAAUCGAUGCUCUCAAUAGAAUUGUAAAUCCAACGAUCCAACCUGAUAUCCAAUAUGGGACUUGGCCCAACAAAUGGAAAGCGCCGCAUGACUUCCAUCACAUAAACAUAUUCGACCAAAAGAUACAAGUCCAAAGCAAUACCCCGGCGGAAGACUCAAUGUUUUAUAUAAUGUCGACAUCCGGGCGGAAACCCAGCGGCGGCUUUUGGGAUCCCAACGAAAGAAGCAGGCGCCAGAGUCUCUGGUUAGAUAUUUUGCUUCGCGAGGCACAGAAAUGGGUGGAUCCCGUGAUCUACAUGGGGGAUCGCAAAGAGCUCGAGGGACUAAGAGGGAAAGUCUUCAUGGAUGCUAUACGUCACCGUGUCCAUAAGGUAUAUCCACCUGUUGGUACAUGGGUGAACGAGGGUCGAGAUGAUAUUUGGAAGAGUUCCGACCGUGCCCUCAAUGAUGGUGCAUACAAGGCAUGGGUUUACAAUAACAAGGAGGAGUGGGCUAAGAGGUCCGCCGGCAAGCUAAAGAAGAAGCAUGGAAGGAAAAGGCCAAGGCAAGACAAUCUAAAAAUGCGAACUAUCAAGUGCUCAUCUCUCCACUGGUCAAGCACUCCUGACACACAACCAGUUGCCGCGAAUUUGGGGGCUCAACCAUGUUUUCAGCCUCCUAAGCCUGUUUUGGGGAAGGAUAAACGCAAUUGUUUCUGGUGGAAAAGACCAAACACCUCAAGGGAACCAUUCUCUGAGAAGACGUCAGAAAACAGAAUAGAACCGGCAGAAAGUAUGGACAUAGAUACUAUGGAUGUAACGGGCAGCAAAGUACUCAAAAUCGAGCAAGAAACCCUCAGUGAUGAUAAUUCAAUGUACUUUGAUGCUCUUGAGAGUAUUCCAACCCUGACAUGA